GCGAGGUCAAUGAGAACAGCGCCGCCCUGUGAGUCUGGUCGGGAAAAUCUGUCUGAGGAGGGCAAUGAAAUAGAAUGACUGAGUAUAUAUCCUUGUUUUUAAAACACACAUAUCCGUCGCUCUCUGUUCCAUCAAUAGUUUUCAUUCCUACCAGUCCCACUGGAUGCAACUACAAUGCGCUGAGGACGUAACAGUUGCUGGAGUGAACAAGACCCGUUUGGCUCUCUCGCCCCUCACAAGGCAGACUGCCAUAGAAACGAGUAAAUCCCCAGGGGGACGUGGAUCCUGGCUGUAAAGGUUUAUUUUAACCAGCUUGGACGACAGUUCAACUCGUCGAGACACUUAAGUUGCCGAUUUAAACCGACGCAAAAUCAAUGUGGCUGACUUAAUGCUUCUCCUCUCAUCACCCUGCCUUGCUGGCAAUUAGCUGGUCAAUAGCCAGCUAACUUUAGCUUCGCCAGGGCCCGAAUUCUGCUGAUUUUUCAUCCAUCUUUUGGCUGGUCAAGAAGCAUGGACUUCCCAAGCCACUUUGAGCAGAUCUUCCAGCAGCUCAACUAUCAGAGGCUGCAUGGUCAGCUGUGCGAUUGUGUCAUUGUGGUGGGCAGCCGACAUUUCAAGGCCCAUCGCUCCGUGCUGGCAGCCUGCAGUACCCACUUCCGAGCAUUGUUCACGGUUGCAGAGGGAGAUGCCAGCAUGAAUAUGAUCCAGCUGGACAGCGAGGUGGUGACCGCAGAAGCAUUUGCGGCCCUGGUGGACAUGAUGUACACGUCCACCCUAAUGCUCGGUGAGAGCAACGUGAUGGACAUUCUGCUCGCCGCCUCCCAUCUGCACCUCAACAAUGUGGUCAAAGCUUGCAAACACUACCUGACCACGCGAACCCUACCCAUGUCCCCGUCAUGUGACAGACCCCCGCCUCACCACCAACAGGAGCAGCAGAGGCACAGGCAGCAGGUGUCAGACUUGGGUAACCCCCCUCUAGCCACCAAUGCUAACCUGGCCGCAAAUGCCGCCACCUCAAAGUUGCAGCGCUCCUUCUUGCUGCAGCAGCUCGGCCUCAGCUUGGUGAGUUCUGCUUUAGGCGGGAUUGAGGAAGACAGAGUGGUGGAGCAAAGAGCCUCAUUCCCUAUACGUCGCUUCCAUAAGCGCAAAGCCUCACCGGGCCUAACAGAGGAGAGGCCCAGACAGAGGCAGCGCCCCUCCGCCCCAAACUUGGGGUUACUUUCGGAAGAGGGCGCGAUUGCGGAUCGAGAGGAAGGAGGGCUUCUCUCGCCAGAUUCCCACAAGAUGGGGGAUGACUCCAAACUGGAUACAGGCAUGCUGUGUGCCCCACAGGACGAUCCUCAGAUGCCGAGCCAGUCAGAUAGUGGGCGCUGUGUGGGGAACGACAUGGGGAUGAUGCAAGGAGGAGUGGGCAAGGAGGAGGACGUAGAGGAUGGGGACCACCAGAGCAACAGGGUGAAGAUCAAAUCAGGGAGCGAGGGGGAGGAGGAAGAAGAACCAGAACAGAAGGUGCUCGUCAAACAAGAGCCGCUGAGCUCACCCGAGCCCGCAGACGAAAUUAGUGACGUGACAUCACAGGCGGAGGGCAGUGACCCGGCCGGACCAGUGAGCCAGGAGGAAGAGGAGAAGGUGGAGCUGAGUCCCGAGAGCAGCGACCGCAGCUUCACCUCAGAACCGCAACCCAGCUCCAACUCGCUGCUGCAGUCCGGCUCCCAUCUUCUCCUCAAGAGCGGCAUGGGAAGAGGCAGAGGAGGUUUUGGGUGUAGUAACUCGCUGAACAGCAAACCUGAUUUCAACAUUUCCAACUUCCUCGACCAAAAGAAUUUUGGGAGUGGUGGCAGUGGUUUGAUGGGUGGAGAGGAUGACCUUCCCAACACCACCACUGGUGAUGCUGUUGCUCAUAACUUCCUGUUGAGACAGGAGGCUUCUGGACCGUCCAGUUCUGCUCCGUCCUCUUUGCUACAGUCCAGCCCACUCAGCAGUGAAGGUUGCACUCGUUUUGGAAACAACAUAGAGGCCGAUUCCCUCUUCCUUCGCCCUCUUCACGACGGUUAUGGGAACCCAAGAGGAAGUGGGGGCAGUGAAGGGCACGGAGGUGUUGAUCCUUAUGGUUUGGAUUUCCAGCGCUCCAGUCUGGGGCUGCACUCCCUGGGGCGACCAACACGAAGUGCUAGUGGAGCCACCCCCACCGUUCUGGGUUAUCCCGGCUACAGGCGCAUCGCCCCAAAGGAGGGCGGCGCCCUCCAGGAUCCCGCCUCCUCCUCGUCCAGCCUGGCAAGCCCCAUGCUCCUUAACGAGAGUUCAGGCUACAACAUGGCUAGCGGCAGGCCCACCUCCCUCCCUCCUCAGCUGACACGUGCCUCGGCAGACGUGCUGUCCAAGUGCAAGAAGGCUUUGUCGGAACACAACGUCUUGGUGGUGGAGGGCGCCCGCAAAUACGCCUGCAAGAUCUGCUGCAAAACCUUCCUGACACUGACCGACUGCAAGAAACACAUCCGAGUCCACACGGGAGAGAAACCCUACGCGUGCCUCAAGUGCGGCAAGCGUUUUAGCCAAUCGUCACACCUCUACAAGCAUUCCAAGACCACAUGUCUUCGAUGGCAGAACAGCAACAUGGCCAAUGCGCUAAUCUAGAGCUUUUGAGAAGGAUGCUCGAAGUCAAUCUUGAUCACAUGCGCAACAAGCAUGGUGGUUAGCCAUCACAUAAGUCACAAAGUUGUCAUGAAGAAAGUUAGCUAAAGACAUCAUAAUAGGGACUGGUAACAUUUUAUGAUUGUUAGUUUAUUAGUCAGACAAUGCAUCGCUCUGUUGACUGCUUAGUGGAGCUUUCCAUACAGCUCCAGAGACUUGCGCAAUCAGUAAGAUAAGUUGUCUUUAAAAUCAACUGAACCCCGACUGCCGGGGGAUACCUUUGCACCUUUGACUUUUCGCUUUACUGAUUGGACUUAGCUGCCAGAGAAGUGUACCUGUUCACUCUUUAAGUGCGUGGCAUCAUUUAGGAUUUAUCACGGUUCACUGGAAAAGGCAAAGUGCACCUUAAUUUGCAUUCAGAAGCAUGACUAGUAUUUCUACCCUUAAUUGUUACCGAUGGGGGUUAAAAGCAAAGCAUUGUGUGAAGGAAAACUUAUCUAGACUUAUCGAGCAUUUGCAGGUCAACUUUUUUAUUCUAAAAGAACACAAAUGUACACUAUAAAUGUUUACUGUGCUUCAUUUCAGUGCUUUCAAACGUGUCUUAAGCAUCUCACAUUGUGCAUGUGUUAGGCAGACAAAUUAUUGCUCGUCUUAUAGCAAAUAACUGAUUCUGAAUGUGUCUCUUUUUAAUUAUGACUGUUACGGUGGGCAGCUUUGAUGCGCUCUGCUCUGCCCUCUUUUGUAAUUUUUUUUUUAGUCAAAUCAUUGACUUUUCAAGAUAGGUUUACAGUAUUUGCGCUGGUUUCAUGUGUUCCUCGACCUGCGACCAGUUGACCCAUUGUACAAGGCUUGUUUGUUUCUUGUCCAUCAUUAAGAUCACACAGCCUUAUUGGCAGGUUGUAAAUAGGAGCAGAGUUGUUGUUGAAUAGAAAUCAUAUUCAGUCAGUGUUACAUAAGGGAACUGAAAUGGAGUUUAAAAAAAUGUGGAUUAAAACAAAAAGUGUUCUUUUUUUGUAUCACUAAAUGCUCUGUGAGGAUCACAAUCAUUCCUAUUGUGCACCGUUUUUGUACUGAGUAAUCGUUUCCUAUGAGAAUUUAGUUGGAAACCUUAUCAAAAGCACUCAAAAAGUCAAACUGAAA